ACUGUCAGUCCAGUCAGUCUACGGUGGGUAGAUUGUUUGUUUGUUGGCUAAAGUUGUUUUCAGUCUGAAACGAAUUGUUGUGAAUGAUGGACGGUAGAGCAAUUGGCUGCGACGUUUAGAAUAUUUAGUGAACGGACUUGGAUCAGUCAUUUUUUUUCAUGUGUGAAUUGUGUUGAUGGGGCAAUUGGAAUAGCCAGUGUGUAGUGGCACAUAGAAGCGCGCAGAGUCAAUGUGUGAUGAAGUACAGUGACAACAGACCAGACACAGACGGCAGGCAGGUUGGCAGUUAAUCAGAUAGGCAGUGAAGCUUGAAGAAAGCAAGGCAUAAGAAUUUUUAGGGAGAACAACAACCGAAAAAGAGUGACGGUUGGUUAAAAGUAAAAGCCGGCGAUUUUGGUAUGCAAGAAAUUGAAAAAUAAAAUAAAUUUAAAUAUUUGUGGAGUUACUGACUUAAAUUGUGCUUUAAGAAGGAUAAUUUUGAAUAAAAAAUAAAUAAAAAUUUUCGCGUUUUUGCUAAAUUUCAGUAAUCAAAAUUUACGUGCGAAAUUAUUGCUUUGAGUUUAUGCGCCUAAAAGUCUAUCAAGUCUGGCAAUAAACCGCAAAAACACACACAAGGAAGAGGAUACAAGUGAAGAGGAUAUAAAAAUUUAAGAGCUCAUAUACUGAAGCCAGUGAAGAGACAAAGGUUAAGUAGUGGCAAAAGCGUUGUUUAACCUGUCAGUGUAGUGUUUUGCAUAUGUGUGUGAGUGACUACUACCGCUUGAAUAUUUCGCAUCCUUAAAAACAGGAGGCACAAAAAUCAAUCAAAAUUCCAAACCAAAACUGAGUGUAAUGGUAUUUUCUACUAAAUAUAUAUACAUAUGUACACAUAUAUCUCUAAAAGUAAAUUCUACAUAAAAUUUCUGAGAGGAAAGUGCAAUAAAAGUGUGACGAAAAACGAAAGUUUAUUAAAUUCUGCAAAGCAAAAAAAUUUCAAAAAUUCUCAAACAUCAAAACAAACUAAAACCUACGAGCCACCUAGCGCUAGACAAAAGACAACACUAAAACCUCCCCCAAAAAGAAUAAAUAGCAUAACACCCCCACAACAACAAACAAACAAACCAUCCAGCUACCAACAACGACGAAGGAUCAAAGCAAAAGGAUAAUUUGGUAGCGUGUUGCGCGCAGCGGUGGUGUGCCGUACAAAAAUAAUAACAAAAACAAAAGGUAGCAAAAUCAAAAUUGCAAAAACAAAAAACAAAAAACAAAAACAAAAAUCGGAAAUAAAACUCGCUGUGCAACGUGUCUGAUAAAAUCAAAAGUAAGCGGCAGCUUCAUAUCGCACAGCCAGCAGUCAUUGUAGUCGUUGUGUAUUUUGCAUCUGUCGUGGCUGUUGUGGCCGGAUAAGACGCGAGGAAUAUAAUAACAAAAACAAAAACGUAGAUAAUAACGAAAAUACCUUUUCCAAACGCCGGUAUCAGUGGAUCAUUGUGCAGUGCAUUAGUCCUUCUUUUCACAUAUAUAUUUGUGUAGUUAUGUGUUUGAUAGCGCGCAGGGGUGUCUGAAAUCGAAAAAAAGAAAAAAAAUCACUUUGCACCCACUUACGUUAACUGCUACUGGGAGCCAACUAAACACUAUAUACUAAAGGGACGUUAAAAUAAUACAAAGACUGCAAAUUUUGUAUUUUUUCACAAUCAAUAUCUUCUAAACCAGAAAAUCAAAACUAGCAACUUGGAAUUAAUGAAAACCAUUGACUGAUUUACUCUGCCAAAAAAACUAAGCAAACAACCUACCUACUAAGGUCUUACAAAACAUAUGAAACAAAAAAUUUAAAAACAAGUAGUUAGCAGGAAAAUAAAAUUUACAAACACAAAAUAAAAAUAAUUACGUAGCUUUUUAUAACAAAAGCAGUUAUUUGCGCUAAUAACUAAAAAAUAUAGAAUUAUUCUAAAAAAAUAAUCAUCAUCAUAAUCAAAAUUCAAACAAAUUACUAUCAAUUCAGUUCCACGUCAUUUGACGCAACUUUUUGCUACCAACAUUAACAACCAAAAACAACUACAUUAACUUCAACUCUUCAUCUGGCACACAACGAGACUCGCGAAAAACGUUCCAACACCAAAGCGGGGGUAGAAAGGAAUGCAGCGCUGUCCCUAUAUACAUGAAAUGCGAGAACGUUUACUGAACGAGCAGCCGCGAGAAUCAGUACCGUUACAACAAAUGGAGCGCGCAAAUCUACUAGACAAUCGACAAUCGGCUGAUUCCAAUCAGCUGCACGCCGAUGGCUAUCACACGAGUCCAGCACAUCAGCGCACGCCGCUAGUGCCGCGCGAUCUGGGCGAGGACUUCAAUUUGGAUUUUGACGAUGAUUUUCCGAUCGAUGCGCGUCGGCCAAAAAAUGCCAAGGUUUGCUAUUCAAUAAAGCCAAAUCCAAAUCGAAGCUUUCUACCAGCUAAAAUCACCGUGCAUGGCACUUAUCAAACUAACAUAAUAACCGGACCAAUUGAACUAUGGACAUCGCUCUUCAUCGUCACCAGUUUGGUGUAUGCCAUCAUUUUGAUUGUUGUCUGCAUUGCCUAUGUGAUUAGCGAUGUGACAACCCACCGGCUGCCAGUGCUCUACUAUGAAACAUUCUUUACCUAUUUGUAUGGCGUCAGCAUACUCUUCCUAUUGUAUGUAUUCUGCUUCCUGCUGCAGGAGAGUUCCUGCUGUAAUGGCGGCAGUAAACCGAAACCACCACCAAAGGAGAAAAAAUCCAAGAAGAAAGUACCAGAUCCAGCCGAUUCGAAGGAUGCGAAGGGUUCCAAGGAUUCUGGCAAGAGCGGCAAACCGAGUCCAUAUCAGGAGCGCUAUCCGGUUAAGAAACGUGAUCUGGUGCGCCAGUCCUUGUCGCUACAGGAUUCACAAGCUGAAGCCGAGGUCGCUGUCACCACGAAGAAUGUACGAAAACGCAAGACAACUCACAGUGAUCCCACACAUGGCAGCUUCUUUUUGCGUGUGGGCGCGAUUGCCUUUGGUUUGGGCGGCAUGAUCUAUAUUGGACUAGAGUUUGGCUCUUUCUUCGAGAUUCCCUUCGAUUCACCAUGUCAUCACAUUUUGAUUGGCGUUAAUCCAUUAUUGCAGAUGAUCUUCACCUUUAUGCAGAUGUACUUUAUAUUCAUGAAUGCCAGACUCAAUAUCCAUCGCUUCAAGGUGAUUGCACGCUUCGGUCUGAUGCAUGUUGUGGCCACGAAUAUUUGCGUUUGGAUACGUACGUUGGUCAAGGAAUCACUACUCGAAAUCACACUCUAUCAUCAACGUGGUGAACCCGAUCCCGAAGCCUCGUCCAUUGCCAAGUCCAUACGUCAACACGCAUUGCGUCAUGCUGGUACAGUUCUGCGCACCCACGCCGGUCCGAAUGAGGAAUUUGAGGUGCUGGACGGUGAGGAUUUAUUGCCCGCCAAUGCCUACAAAACCGACAAUGUACUCUCGAAAUUGGUGCGCAAAACUGUUGAUGGCAUCUCCAAGUCGCUGGGCAUGGGCGCUGCUGCGGGCGCCAACGCCAAUGCAGCGCUCACCACGCUGCUCACAUCCACCACCAAACCAUUGACCUCAACCACCACAACCACCACCACCACUACUACCCCACGUCCCUUUUUCACCACACCACCAUCGUAUCAGUGGCAAAGCACUACUAUGGCACGCAAGUUGAAGAAGUUUAUCACGAGCACAACAGCUGCCACGACCACCACAUUGGGCACAACGCCUACCACACCAUCGACGACUACAAUGCUGGCGAGCAGCCCAAUUACCACCACGACCACAACAACUACGACCACUGAGAUACCCUUCCGACAGCAUUUUGAGCAUUCGGCAUUUACAACUGCAGCGCCAAGUGUCGCCACCGAUUAUCUAACGUCCACUCACGUCUCGGCAGCCGAUUUAGCAUCUACCACCGCCGAAUCGAUGUCCACCGGUUUUGGUACGGGCAUUGCUUCGUUCUUUAGUAAUUUAGUCUCGUCAACACCCAGCACCGCGGUUACCACAAGCACACCCUCCACUACCACCGAGAAUGCUCUGAAUGUAAUGACUAAUUUACUUGGUCCCGGCAUGAAUAACUUCCAAACCUAUUCGGAAAUCUCGCACCCCGAGUCAACUGGCGUUGUGAGCUUUGAUAAUCUCGAGAGUCUCGAUAAUAUAUAUCCCGCCGCGCUUUCCUCCAACAUUGGCACCUUGAAUUCGACCGCUUGUGGACGUGUCGAUAUUAUGGGCACAAUUGUCUACGAUUCAGCACCCUUCCUGUAUCCCUUCAUUAUCGAGUACUCACUAAUCGGUGCCGUUGUUUUGUAUGUAAUGUGGAAGCAUAUUGGUCGCUAUCCGGGCCGCAUGAACGAUGAGGAUUUGGAGCAUCGUUUGGAAGUGAUGUUGUCACGUCGCGCUGUCGCAAUGGCACAUCAGGCACGUUCGGGACGUGUCGAUUGUGUGGGUUCGUCAAAAGGGUUAUUCUUUGGUCUGUUGUUGUUGGUUGGUGCUUUGAUUUGCCUGAUACUCUUCUUCGUCUUGGUGCGUCAUCAGCAGUUCUCGCUGCUAGCAAUUUACCUUGCCGACGCAAGUCAUUGCAUACUCAUGGCCUUCGCUGUGCUAGCCAUAAUCAUCGGUUUUAUAAGAGUUAAAAAUCUGAAAUUCCGCUGCGAAGAGCAAUCCAAUCUCAAUGACAUACUGCUACGCAUCUCCGCUUUCGGUCUCUUCACCUAUUCGAUAUUUGGCGUCAUUGCCGGCAGUUUAAAGGCAUUCGAAAGCGAACCAAAUCUUCUAGUCAUGACCACAAGCGGUGUUGCGGUAUUCCAGGUGAUCUUACAAUUACUCUUCAUUGCCGAUGUCUCGCGUCGUCGCGUCCACUUGCCCGAACAUGAUCGCAGCAAACCGGGCCGUCAAAUCGUCACAUUCCUGCUGAUCUGCAAUGUGGCCAUGUUUGCUAUUUACACAUUUGAAGCUCAAAAAGUAUUCGCCAAUCCUGUAAGUAGAUAUGUUCAACUCGACUUCUAUGGCUUUGUGCCAUGGUCAAUAAUUCAACGCGUCACACUGCCACUCUGCAUUUUCCAUCGUUUCCACAGCGCCGUAGCACUAGCUGAGAUCUGGAAGACAACGUACAAGGCACGUUUGGAGUAAGCAGUUAAUGUGAAAGAUGCACAUAAGAGAAGUUAAAGAAAACGUUAGAGCGUAUCAAAAUGGAGGAGUAGUGCCCACUGAACGAAACUGCCAAACUGCGAAAAAGGUACCAAAAAACAAAUAAAAGGAAAAACAAAAAAUACCAAAAGAGAAGUCAAGAGAGUUAAAAAUGGGGCGCAACGAAGAAGGUAGCAUAUAAGAAGGUGAAAAAAAUACUUGAAAAUAAUUAAAACAGAACAGUAAAUGCAGCAAAGAAAACAUUGAAAAUGUAUUAAAAAGCAAAUAUUUGAAAUAUUUAAGUGUGGAAAGAAAGAGAGUAUCAGAAAAAAGAAAAAGUGAAACUCCAAACACUCAGCUACAAAGCCACAUACAUCUACAUACAACAAAAAACGAACAGAAAUCCAUACAUUGAGCGAAAUAAUAGCAAAGCAAACAGAAAGUAAUCGCAAAGUAAUUGAAAAGUAAUUAAAGAGUAAUUGCAGAGAACAGAAAUCCAUACAUUGAGCGAAAUAAUAGCAAAGUAAACAGAAAGUAUUUGCAGAGUAAUUAAAAAGUAAUUACAGAGUAAUCGCAAAGUAAUUAAAAUGUAAUUGAAAAGCAGCAAAUAAAAACGAUUAAACCAAAUCAAUUUAUGCAUUGUAGUCUGACCUCGAGCAGACCAUAAAGAGUUGUAUAUUUAAGUGUAAUGUUAAGAUUUUACUUAUUAAUGAUUACAAAGAAAAUUUUGAAAAAUGAAAAAAAAAACAAACAAAAAAUACAUAACAAUUAUUAAUUAUGAAUUAUAUAGUUAAGUGAGUACAAUUUGUAGAUUUUCAAGAUAAAAUUUAUAAUAAUUUGUAAGUCAAUGUAAUAUUUUAUUUAUUAAUCAACAACAACAAACAAUAAAAAUAAAAGUAAUUAAAAUGCAAUUUUGUUGUUUUGUAGGGAGUUAAUAUUGAAAAAACUGAAACUGUUAAUUUUUUUUCUUAACACUAUUUUCAUUUACUGCUAGGCAGCCAAUGCAUUAACUUUUAAGUGCUAAGUCAUAUUUAUAAAAAAACGCCGUAGAAAAAGUGCGAAAAAUGGCGAAUUAUUUAGUACUUAAAUAAAAAAAAUUAUUUGAUAUUUUAAAUGCUUAUGUAAAAAUAACUGUUAAUAUGAAAAUAAUAUUUUUUUCUUUUUUUUGCACUUAAAGUUAUUAUUUUAAUAUUAAAAAAAAAAUUUAAAAAUAUUAAAAAAUUCAAAAAAAUAUUUAAAUAAUUGAAAAAAAUUGUUUUUUAUGUAUAUUUUAUUGGAAAAAACUUGCAAACUAAAUACACGUUUUAUAUAUUAUUUGCAAUUAAUUGGCAACUUCAUAAUAUACAAUAUAUGUGUAUGGUAUAUCUAACUCCCAAACAAACAAAAAAAAAAAAUAUAAUAAAUAAAAAAACUAAUAUUAAGUAUAUUACAACUAAAGUUAUAUAUACACACAGACACCCAAACAUAUUAAUAUGAAAUAUAAAAUACAAAAACAAAAAAAACAUUAAUAAAAAAUUGUUGUUUAUUUUAUUUUCUAUAAAACUGUAGAAAUUAAAGGAAAAUUUUCAAAAGCAAAGUUUAUUUAUAAGAUAAUGCUAAAUGGGCUUGGCGUAUAAAUUUUACUAUACAUAUGUAAGCGUGUUAUUAGUCGUAUUUUUAAACAAACAAAUAUGAGGGGUAAGAAAUAAACUGAAUUAUGAUUAAUUAAAAUUUAUGAUAUUUGUAUGGUACAGACAGAUAUUAGAAAUCACAGCAUAUUCACAACAUUAUCCGCAAUUCGAUUGACAGCUUACAGAUUAGAAGAAUUAAUUGGAAAACAGAUGUAAAGCAGCAAAAAAUUCAUGACCCAUUACAAAACAUAACCACAUUCUCAUUCAAAUGAAUCAUUUUCUCAAUGUGAGAUGCAAAGACAUAUAUUUGCAGUUUGAUAAGAGUGAAAACUUUCGCUAAAAAUGUUAAAAAAGCUUUCUUUGGAAGUGGAAGCUUUCACUGAUGCAGUAAAAAGCUUUCUUUGGAAGUGAAAGCUUUCACUGAAACAGUAAAAAUCAGUCAUUGGAAGUGAAAGCUUUCACUGAAACACUUAAAAGUUUUCGCUGAAAGUGGAAGUUUCCUCUCAAACUGUGAAAAGCUUUUAUUGAAAGUGAAAGCUUUUACUAAAACAGUAAAAAUCUUCUUUUGAAGUGAAAACUUUCACAGAAAACGUUAAGAACUUUCAUUCAAAGUGAAAAUGUUCACUGUAUCAGUAAAAAGCUUUCAUUGCAAGUGGAAGCUUACUCUGAAACCGUGAAAAGCUAUAUAUAAAAUACUAAAAAUCUUUCAUUGGAAGAGAAAGCUUUCACUGAAAAUAUUAAAAACUUUAAUUCAAAGUGAAAGCUUUCACUAAUACGAAUUUGCAUUAAUGAUGAAAACUCUUAAAAAACCUGACCGCUUUCACUUAUAGUAAAACUUUAAACGACAUGAAAAAAAGGGAGAUUAAUGAGGAACUUUGAAAUAUUUUCUAGCUUUUUCUAAGGCAUAAGAAUGUUUUGCAUUGGAAUUUUAGCUCAAUCUAUGUGAAAAACUUCACAAUGUUUUCAAUAAAUCUUUUGGUUGUCAAACUAAAAUUCUCGAUAAGACAAAUAUAAACUUGAAUUGAGGGAAGGAAAUUGAUAAGGUUGGACCUAUUAUUCCAUCAUGACUCUUUAACUAAAAUUUAAUAGUUUUACCGUUAAUACAGAAUAUGAUUGAGAUUUUCAUAUUUUAUCGAAGUACAGGAAACUUUAAAAGCUUCAUAGAUCAAUAGAUCUCAGAGUUUCAAACGCCAUUGAGUUGCCAAUGGUUAUAAGUACACCAAAAAAGUGUUAUCGUGUAAACCUACUCAUGAGCUUGAGUAAUACCAAUAGAGGAGAAUUAAAUUAAAGGAGAAUACUUUUUUGAAAUCUUUACAGAAACUUAUAGAUUAUUCUUAGAAAAUUUCAGGAGAAAUGUUAGAUGAAUUUUUCAAACAUAAACUCAAAAACUGAAAUCUCUGCAUUCCUCAUACAAACAUUGAGUAAGUAUUUUGAACAUCAACAUAUAUACAACCGAUCAGAGACAUACGCUACCCUAAAAAACAACAACAACAAAUCAUUAUCAUCACCACACACCAACAUCACUGCAAUUAUGAAGGGAGUUGAAAAAGUAAGUUUGAGAAGUAAAAGCAAAAUCUGUUGAAAACUGACAGAGAGGCAACCGAAGACCCGAAAACAUAGCUGAAACUUUCAAAAUACAUGCAUACAUUCAUACAUAGUAAAUAACAACAAUAAACUGUGAUCAAUUGACAUUUAUUUAAUUUCAAUGAAAAAAAAACAUGUUUUUGAGCAUUGGCAAGACACAAGGACCAGAAUUAUGAAAAAAAAUUGGCAAUUGUUGGUAGAAAAAAAAUUAAACUAACGGUUAAUGCAAAUACACAGAUUGAAUUUGAAACCGAGUUUUUUAGUAGUUAUGAACAUUUUUUAUAUAAACACACACAGGUGAGAAACAAAAAAUUAAAAUUAAUUGUAUAAUUAUGGAAGGAAAUUAUUGUAAUUAAAAAAUUAAAAAAAAAAAAAUAUUAAUAAAAAGUAUAACAAAGCAAAAACGGCAAAGUGUAAGUAAGAAAAAUAUAUAAAAAAUAAUAUAAAAAAUAAAAAAAAAAAUAUUUAAAGUAAAUUAAAGUAAUCAACUUUUUUAAAUGUCCAUUUUGAAUAUUAGUAGUGAACUUUAAAUGAUAAAAAAUCUAUAAACAACAACAAAAAUCACAAACAACAGCAUUAUACAUGAAUAGUAAAUAUGUUUAAAGGCAGGUAAAUUGUUGCAUUUUGUCGUAAUACAAAAACAAAAAAAAUAAUAAUAAAAACUAAAAUUAUUUACGAAAUUAGCAAAGCAAGCAAAAAUAGCAUAAAUAUGUGAGUAAAAAAAAUCUAAAAACACUGUUUACAUGUAACUUAUUGAAAAUACAACAAAUGGAAGAACAAAAAACCAAAAACGAACAAAAAUACCAAAAAACACAUUCUAAAACAUACUGAAAGCAUUUAAGCAUACAAAGUGAAAUAAUAAAUAUAUUGGCGACACACUUGUACUUACAAAAACAAGAAAAGCAAAAAUAUUAGCAAAGAAUUGCAAAAAAAAAAAUGUGAAAAUGUCUUUUUCAAUUGCAAAAUAUAUUAUAUAAUAUAUAUACAUAUAUAUAUAAAGUUUACCAAGAAACCCACCAAUUUCAAAGUAUUACAUACAUACGAACAUUUCUUACAAACGAGUUAUACACGUUAAAAAAUAGUGAAAAACGACAACAACAACAAAAGUAACAGCAAAAUAAAAAACAAUUUAAAAAACGCACUUAUUUUGAGGAAACAAAAUAUUCAAAUUUUCAAAAACAAAAAAAUCAUGUGAAACAAUUUUCAAGUGGGAGAGAGAGCAUAGAGUAUUUAUAUUACAUGGCUCAAUGCUUAAUGCAUAUGUAUAUGAUCCGAAAAAUAUUAAUUUCAAUACUUAAAAUUAUGCGUUGAACCCCAAUUCAUAAAUCACAUUUUUGAUUAAAGCUUUAAAGCUUUUCAUACAAGCUUUUAAAAGUUGCUUAGAGGACUUUUAAGCUUUUCAUCCGAGCUUUUAAAAGCUGCUUAGAGAGCUGAACUCAAAUUCAUAAAUCACAUUUUUUGUAUAAAUCUUUCAAGCUUUUCAUACGAGCUUUUAAAAGCUCUUAGAGGGCUUAACCCAAAUUCAUAAAUCACAUUUUUGAAUAAAGCUUUUUUAAGCUUUUAAUCUAGGCUUUUAAAAGCUGCUUAGAGAGCUUUUAAGCUUUUCAUAGAAGAUUUUAAAAGCUUUUUAAAGAGCUUUGAUAAAUUAUAAAUUUUCCCACUUCAUUCGAACACACUUAAUAAAUGUUUUUCUACAAUUUUUGAGAUCAUUCCACUCAAGUCGUCAUAAUACAACCAUGCAUAACAUUUUCCAACAUCAAUAAACACGUAUGAACACUGCCGUUUAUAUAUAAAUUUGUACAUUUAUAUAUAUUUACAUACAUACAGUCUGCAUAUGAAAGACAUUUUUCAAUUUCAUAAUUCACAUAUUACCACACUUCAGAGGUUUAGUGAAAAGCACUAAUUGAAAAGUAGAAAUUUUACAAACGAAUUUUACAUUAUAUUAUCAAUUUUAUUAGCUGCUUUUACGAAUUUGUUAAAAGAUUUCAAAUUUUUUUUUUAAAUUUAGAGAGUUUUUCGGGCAGUACAAAAAACCUGGCCUACAUUUCGGCGCAAUGACAUUAAAGCAAGAGAGUUAGGAGGACAUUCCAAACUUAAUUGAUGAUGAGAGAAAGCAAAGCAGCAAUUAAAGUAUACACUGCACAUUUGUUAGACUGCUUUAAGAUCUGAAUUCUAUGAUAUUCAAGCUCAAUAUAGUAGUUGCCUACAUUUCGGCGCAAUUACAAUAAAAAUAAAGGAAAAUUUGGUAUGUGGUAUGUGGUAUUUUUUCUAACUUGAAGCAAUAUCAUCGCCAAUCUCAGCAUUCAACACGAUGCUCGAGUGGAUGAGUUUUUAAUACACCAUUGUCAUACUAUGGUUAGUUUUUACUAAGAGAUCUUUACAAGUUCAUUUAAAGAGCUCAAGUUUACUACGGAAAUCGGUGAAUGUGAUACGCGGAAAUGUAGAGCGGUUUUCUCAUGACAUCUCGAAAGGUAUUUAAGUCUUCGGAACUUUUUCAAUAAAUGAAAUUAUUUAUCGAAAACUAACAAAAUCAGUAGAUAAAAUAGAUAAUGAUUCAUUAAAUAAAAAAUACAACUCUUCCGGAAAAAAUUUGUAUACCUCAAGAGGCUUCAAAUAAUUCAAGUCUCUCUGGUACAGAUUUAUGACAGAUCUGGUAUCCAAAUUUAAGAGUUUGGAUACAAAUUGCGUGGAAGCAUAAGUAUUUGAGAUAAAAAAUACAUUAUUUGCCCGAUCUGUGCAAAAAAAUAAGGAUCUCUGAUACUCUCAAAUAAUUUAAAAAAUCACAAAAAUUUCAUUAUGAAGUCUUCAAUUUUUUUUUUGUGUACGAAGGGCUAAAAAGCAGAAGGGAUAUUUCUGUAAAAGCAGCUAACCUCUUUUCAAUUAUUUUGUAUUAAAUUUUACUCUUCAAAAUAGCUCGAUUUGCUCAAUACAAACACCAAAUAAAAACGCUAUAAAAAAUUAUUAGUAGAAGAGCUUUCAAAAUAAAAGUGUAGCAAGUGAAAAAUAUAAAAUUUUACUUAGUACAAUUCAAACUCCAAAAUAUAGAAGACAGCAAUUAUAUGUAGCAUAAAUGUAAAAUCGCAUAAAUACAUAUUAUUAAAUGCAGAGAAAAUAAAAAAAAAAAUUAAAAAUAGAUAAAAAAGAAAUUUGAUAAAAUAUUAAUAAAUAUGAUUUUUUAAUAUUUCUUAUGUAAAGUAGAACAAAAAGGAUUAAUGCAACUCAAUUUUUUAUUUAAAGAAAUUACGCAACAGAACUUGUAUGUAAGUAUAUGUUAAGAGUUAAAGAAAAUGUGAAGCAUACCUAAAGACGCAUAAGAAUAUGUCGUUGUGAAAAACUGAAAAAAAAGUUUAAAGAGCUGGAAAAUGUAAACAAAAAAAACAACAAAGCGAAUUUGUAAACCAAAUUUUGCGGAUUAAAUGUUAAAAGUGUAUAAAAAAAUGGAAGAAAAUGUGCGCAGUUUAACGAAAACGAAAAGCAAUGCGAUACUUCGAUACAUGUUACAACUACGAUGUACGCUCCCUGCUCCCCGCAUACCUAGAAAAAAAAACACAUUAAAUACCGCAAUUUAUAUAGGCAACUGUACCACACUUCAAAUGUUUAUGCGUAAACGAAUUAGAGCAGCAAGAAAGGAGAGCUUUGAUGAUGAAAAAUGCAAUAGCAACAACACAAAAAAGUCAAAAAUAAAAUUAUAAAAAAAAAUUAAAAUAAAAUAUUUAUAAAACUCAUAAAAUAAAUAACUGACAAAGACAAAUUGUAAUCCAUUACUUAAAUAGCGAAAAUUUUGCACACGAAUGUACAGCUCAAUAGCUAGUAAAGAGAGAGAAAUCUUAGUGCUAAUACAUAUUUACAGGCGUACGGUUAUGCAUACAUACACACAACAGAAAAAAAGAACGGUAAAUAAAUUAUAACAAAUGAGCGAAAAUAGCAGUAAAUAGCGAAGAUUAGCGUAGACAGUACGAAUGCAAACGAAGAAGUAAAUGGCUCACGGACAAAGAUCCUGUUGGCAUAAACGAAGCUGCGAACAAAGUAAAAUAUUUCAAAUAGCAAAUAAAGACCGAUUCAAGCAUUAUAAAAAAAAAAAAUAGUUCAACUCGAAUUCUAUAUAUAUAAAAUGAAAUAGUAUACAAUAUAUAAUAUAUAUGUAUAUGUAUGUACAAGUACUAAAUGAAUAUACUACAUAUAAAUAUGUAUGUAUGUAUAUGUGCGAUAAUGGCAAAUUAUGAAACGAUAUUGUAUUUGUAGUGUAGCAAAGGUAAAGCGUAAAAGCUUCAAAACACAUACAUACAUAUAUACACCGAUACUGGAUACAUACACGCAUGCAUAGACAGGAAA